AUGGCAGCCACAACAAUAACAACAGGAAACAAAUUACUCCAAGAACAACAACAUUGCGGACAGCAGCAUCUUCAUCGUGCAUCCAUCGUAUUUGUUGUCGUGCUCGGUCUGCUGCUGGCAGAUAACUGUGUCAAUGGGCAAAUUGAUGGCUAUAUAGCUGGCGAGGAUUAUCCAGCCUACGAUGCCGUGCCCCGAGGAUUGUCCUUCAACUGUCAAGGGCGCCAGCCAGGAUACUAUGCGGACAUUGAGACACGCUGUCAGGUCUGGCAUUGGUGCUUGCAUUCUGGACAUCAAUAUUCGUUCCUCUGUCCAAAUGGGACAGUUUUCAACCAAGCCGUUCGUGUCUGCGAUUGGUGGUCAAAUGUGAACUGUGCCAGCUCCGAGCAAUUGUAUCAGAACAACGAUGAACUCUAUCGUAUACCCGACAAGCAACAACAGCAGCAGAAUGUGGUAUGAUAUAAGGCUGAUGAUGAGUAUAGGAUUGGGCAAGUAAAUCGGCAACGAGGAGGCAGACAGCGACAAUUUUUGUCAAAAAACAAGAGCAACAACAGCAACAGCAGCAACAACAGCAACAAUAUCGUAGAUGACACCGCACAAAUAAACUACAAUAAAAUGACCAAAAAUAGCUUUAGAGGCAGCUUGAGACACAAAUCCAAUUCUCAAUCGUCGUACUCAUCAUCACAGCAGCAAUCAAAAUCGAAAUCAAAAUCCCAAACACAACUAAAUAAUUAUAGUAAAGUAAAUAGAGAAUAUCAAAGUAGGCAAAAUAAUAGCAGCAGAAAUAGUAGUAGGAAUAAUAAAAAA